UAAGCGAAUCAAGGAGUUAUACAGUUCGCUAUAGACGUGCGAAAAUUGGGACACAUUUUGCUGCAGCUGCGCGCAGACGACAUUUCGAUUCAGACAACGGGAAUUGUUGGUGAGAGUUGAACCGGACAUGGCGGAAACGGAAAAACAACUGGAUGAUACUGUGGACGCUUGUCCACGUAAGGACUACCUGCUGGAGCGAUUGAACAAGCGCAACAAGGAUCGCCAAAAUUACUUGGAUAUUAAGCUGGAGCAGCGCAACAAGGAGACCGCCUUGAACGAGGGCGUCGACUUCUUUGCCCAGUCGUUUGGGGAGCGCGCUUGUGAGAUUGAGCAGAGGAUUGGCACACUGCAGCUGGACAGCGGAGACGCACCGCUGCCCGAUCUCACCAAGGUAUUCGGCGACAUCACUCGGCAAAUCCAAGAGCUGCAGAAUUAUUUGACAGCCUCGACAAUGUUUCUGUCGGACUUCAAAAUCAAAUCUUGUCAAAAUGUCCUGAAUUCGUUGACCAGCGCCUGUGAUGAAGCUCGUCAGCGUUUGCUGCCCAAGAAGAAAUUCGGCUUCAGUGGCAAGAAGACGUUGGUUAAGAAGUUGCCGCCCGCUCUGAGCAAAGUGGACGGACAGGAGAAGACACAGAAGACGGCUUCAGACAGCGCCUUCAUCUGGACCAUAGCCAAUCGAAACAAUGCCCAUAUUGUGCUACGGGCCGAGCAGGUGAACGGAAAGGAUAUCACCAUAUCCAAUGUGCACAAGUGUCUGGUGGAGCUGCAAGGACACGCCGGCUCUGUACAGAUCUCGAACGCCAGUCAAUGCACGAUCCUCUGUGGUCCCGUGUCUCGUUCGUUCUUUGCAGAGCAUUUGGAACGCUGCACCGUGGCCAUCGCCUGCCAGCAGCUGCGCUUGCAUUCGUCGCAGUCCACGCGGAUCUAUUUGCACGUCACCUGCAGAGCCAUCAUUGAGGAUUGCCGGCAAAUCGAAAUCGACGGCUACAACUACGACUAUGCCGAGCUGGAGUCGGACUUCGAGCAAUCCGGAUUGAAUAAGUCACAGAAUAAUUACACAGACAUUGCCGACUUCAAUUGGCUGUCGCCCGAUGUCCACUCACCCAAUUGGCAGCUGCUCAAGGAUCACGCAGCGCCCAACUGGAGCGCGGUCCGCCGCGACUUUCUCAAUCGAAUCAGCGGCGAGGCUGAUGUCAAGGAUGAUGGCAGCAUUAUAUAGUGCUGGCAUCGGCGCAGGCGGCUCUUUCUCUUGCUUGUCACGCUGCUCGCCUACGCCUUCCCAUUGGGCUGGCUGCUCAUGGAGCUGCUGUUGCCGCUGCCUAGCAAUCUAAACUGUACUGUGUAGACUAGCUCGUAAGCCCCACAUAAAUAAAUAAUCCCAAGUUAAUGUUGAUAUAUACUUACAUA